AUGGCUUGCACUCGCGCUCUUACUCGUCUGGCGCUGAGACCAGCUGCCGUCCGGCCGGCAGUUUUCUCUCGCAGCUUCGCCUCCGUUACCGACGUCCACGCCCGCGACCCCAUCUCCAAGACUGCCGAAAAGAUUGUGCCUGAUGCCGCGCGGAAACCCAUUCCAGAGAGCGAGACGUCCAACGUCAAGGAGUCCUCGCCCACCAAAGAUGCCAAAAUGAAGACUUUCCACGUCUACCGCUGGAAUCCUGACGAGCCCACAUCCAAGCCCAAGAUGCAAUCGUACACCCUGGACCUGAACAAGACCGGACCCAUGAUGCUGGAUGCGCUCAUCAGGAUCAAGAACGAGAUGGACCCGACUUUGACCUUUAGGCGGAGUUGUCGUGAGGGUAUUUGCGGAAGUUGCGCCAUGAACAUUGACGGAGUCAACACACUGGCAUGCCUUUGCCGUAUUCCCACCGACACAGCCAAGGAGUCUCGCAUCUACCCGCUCCCCCACAUGUACGUUGUCAAGGACCUUGUGCCAGACAUGACGCUUUUCUACAAGCAGUACCGUUCCGUCAAGCCAUACCUGCAGCGCUCCACCCCCGCACCAGAUGGUCGUGAGUUCCGUCAGUCCAAGGAAGACCGCAAGAAGCUCGACGGUCUUUACGAAUGCAUUCUCUGCGCCUGCUGCUCAACCUCGUGCCCCUCGUACUGGUGGAACCAGGAGGAGUACCUUGGCCCUGCUGUCCUCCUCCAGUCCUACCGAUGGAUCGCCGACUCGCGUGAUGAGAAGAAGGCCGAGCGCCAGGACGCGCUUAACAACAGCAUGAGCUUGUACCGAUGCCACACCAUUCUCAACUGCUCAAGGACAUGCCCCAAGGGACUGAACCCUGCGCUGGCCAUUGCUGAGAUCAAGAAGAGCAUGGCUUUUACAUAA